CUCGCGUGGACGUUUUCGCAGCUACCGUUGUCAGUUGUGUUCGUUGGCUGCGCUAUGUUGUAGCCGCGAUGGAGAAUCGGGUGGUCUCUCCCGGACCUUAUCGCGCCACCAAGCUGUGGAAUGAAGUUACUAAAUGCUUUCGUGCACAAAUGCCACAAAAGAAACACAGACAACACUUUAGAAAAUAUGGAAAUUGUUUUACUGGAGCUGAAGCAGUCGACUGGCUUCAUGAAAUACUCAGGAAUAAUAUUAAUUUUGGUCCAGAAGUUACUAGGCAGCAAACGAUUCAACUCCUAAGGAAAUUUCUUAAAAAUCAUGUGAUUGAGGACAUAAAAGGAAGAUGGGGUUCAGAAAAUCUGGAUGACAAUCAUAACUUGUACAGAUUUCCUUCAGCUUCCCCUGUUAAAAUUUUGCCACGGCGAUAUCCAUUGAAAGAAACCCUGCAUAAUGUACCCAAAAAACCAGAAAGCAUAUUUAAAUUACCUCAGUACUCCAAGAGAACUCCUAAAAAACAUGACCUUCAGGAAUGUCAGAACAACAAAGAAAAUGUGCAAUGUGAAGACGAUAAAGAAUGGGAAGCAAGUGGCAGACAAAUAACUCAAGCAGAUAUAGAAGAAGUUUGGCGAAACAUUAUUAUGAUACAUUUGCAAACUAUUUUAGGUAUACCAUCUUUAGAACACAUCUUGAAUCCAGCACAAAUUAUUCCUCGUUACAUAAUAUAUAACAUGACUAAUACAACUAAACAUGGAGUUGUUCUUCCACAAGAUAAAUCAGAAGACUUCCCUCACUGGGUAUUGUCAGCUAUGAAGUGUUUGGCAAACUGGCCUAGAUGUAAUGACCCGAGUCAGCCAACAUACACGGGUUUUGAGCGAGAUGUAUUCAAAACAGUUGCUGAUUAUUUUCUUAGUCUGUCUGAACCUUUGCUUACUUUUCAGUAUUAUGAAUUAUUUGUGAAGAUCUUAGAUUUGUUGCAACCUCAUUCAGAAAGAGUUGCAAUUGAAGCUUUGCAAAUUUGCUGCCUAUUGCUUCCACCACCAAAUCGCAGAAAACUCCAACUUUUGAUGCGCAUGAUCUCUCGGAUGAGUGAAAAUGUUGAUAUGCCACGACUUCAUGAUUCAGUAGGCACCAGAUCUUUGAUGAUACAGACAUUUUCUCGUUGUAUACUGUGCUGUGAGGAAGAAACGGAUCUAGAUGAGUGGCUUGCCAUAAAAUUAGUUUCCUUUCUAAUGGAUCACCAACAGGAAAUUUUAGAAGUCCCUAUACAUUUACAAGUUGCAGUUCAAGAUCACAUUGAAACAUUAAAAACUACUCAGAUGGAAUGUCUUGAAGAAGAACUAAGCACCAUAUUUCCAAGUUAUUCCUAUUGCAUGAGGAUUACAUCUCAGGAAUUUGACGAACAGAAGAUUUCUGUUUCUCAGGCAGCAGUAGCUGAACUUUUGGAAAAUAUUAUUAAGGAUAGAAAAUUAUCUCUGAAAGAGAAGAAGAAAAAACUUAAACAGUUCCAGAAGGAAUAUCCAGAGAUUUAUCGGAGCAGAUUUCCAACUUCAGAAAGUGAAGCCAUCUUGUUUGAUCACAAGCCUACAAUUAAGCAGCCAAUGCUUAGCUUGCGAAAAUCCAAACUUGUUAGCAUGAAACGUUAAUCUGUACCUCAGUUAUAUAUUUAUAAAGAAACUUUUUGAAAGUGAACAUUAGAAAUAUUUCAGUAAGCACAUUCAUGCAAGUAUGCAUUUUAUGAACAUUUCUUCAUGAAUCCUGAAGUGUAUUUUAUGAAUGCCAUUAUUUACAAAAUAAUUCCAAAAUUGUAAAUAGUUCCAUUUUUUUCAUGCUUAAUGAUAUACAGAUGAAGAACAUAUAAUAUAUCAAUAGCAAACAAAUAUAGUAGUAACAAUUAUAAAUACAAACAACAUGUGUUGUAACUCUUUGCACUGUUUUUAAAAGAAGCAUACUGUGUUCUGAAUACCACAAUACUGUAUUAAUGUUGAACUGUUAUGUAAUCUAUUUAUAUAUUGUAUGUGUUAAUGCUGAGUUAAAUAACAUAGCUGAGAACAGUGAGCAUGGAAAUCAGGUAAUGAUUGCCUCCUUCACUUUUAUUGCAGAAAUUGAACUCUUGGUUAGAAAAAGUGAACAAUAUUCCUUAUACAGCCAUAAAGCAAUAAUUCAUUCUAAUAGUGUGAAAUGGUAAUUAAUGGUCCUCUAUUGUCUAUAUGUUCUCACAUCUUUGUUAUGCUUAAGUUCGUUGUGGCUCAUUUUUUUAUGUUGCUUUAGUAGAAUUAGAUUGCUCAGACUAUUUUCCCCAUCUUACUCUUGUUUGUGUUUUCCUUCUAAGUAUUUUCUAUUUAUGAUAUAUAUUUGCAAAUAUCAGAUUGUUAAGAAUCACUGAAGAGAUUGUUUAAUGAAACCUAUCUAAAUGCUGAUAACUCAGUUAUGUGUAUAAAAAAUGUUUUAGAAAACACAUUACUGUACAUAGGCAGACCUGAACUUUUAAUGGAAGAAUUUAAAGGACAUUGUUUCAUUCCCUUUCUAUGUUCCACUAUGUGAACCAUUUCUAAUGUAAACAAGUUUUUCCAGUAAACCUUGAGUCUUCUGAAAGGAGCAGAAAUUUUAUAUUCUGUUAUCUAACUAUGAGAAUAAAAAAAGGAGCUUGUAUAAUGGGGAAUUUUUAUUUUCUUAUGUGUUUUAUUCAUUUUUUAUGGCUGCCCAUCUCACAGGAGAUGGAUCUGAAUGCAUAUUAUAAAAAUCAAGAGUUAAAACUGUUUACAAAAACUAGUUAAUAAAAAUAUAAAUUAAAAAGAUAAAAGCAGAGAUAUUAGAAUAAAAUUUAGGAUGCAGCCAACGCAUUUUAAUUAGCAAAUUAAAAUGUUUUAACCAUUAUCUAUGUUAAUUUAACAGGCUAAGUAAAUAGAAACACUUAGUAGAUAUUGGUUAAGUAGCUGAAUUGUUGCUGAAUUUUAUAUAAUUGUCAUAUACAUUGAUAAAUGUCAUAUAAAUCAAAUUACAUUUAAAUGAGUUAAAUAUGAAUUCUAUCUUUAUAGACUAAAUAAAACCUGAUGCCUGUAACAAUCUUACUGCCUGGCUAGUCAAAGCAAUAUAUAUGCAUUUAACUUUGCCAUUUGUGACUAAGAUUUUGUUGAUUUUAAGUCAUGCUGCAGUAGCAACAAGGAAACGAAAUAUUUUUGUUCCUUUGACUUAUUUAAGCGCAUGUUUACAUCAGAUUUUUAUUCAAAUGCUGACUGUAAAUAUAUACAUAAGUCCCCUAAUUUCAGUUGAAAAGUGAUUCAAUAACAUCUUUAAGAACAUCUAUUUGUAAGCCAGCCUUCCAGAUCCUAGCCAAAGCCAGCUGAUAACUUUUUGACUUGAUGCUGACAUAGCAUUUUUCUCAAAGCAAGUCUGUGUAACAUUUGUGUUGCUUCAGCAGCAAUGGUAGCAGGGAUGUAGUUGAGCUGGAUCUGUCCUCCUACUGACUGAUGGCAGUUCUUGUGUACAUAUGCAGUUUUCUCUAUUACCACUGAUUUUCCAUAACUAUUGUGGUUUGUGUUGCCGAAUUGACAUGACACUAACUGCAGAACCCAGAUUAAACCAGAUUGCUAAAGCAGCCUGCCUCUCUGAAACCUGUGUACAGAUAGUCUUUAGCAACUGUCUUGUUAAGUGACCAUUUGCAAAUACAAUUAGUAAAUGGUAAUAAGAAAAAACAUUUUCUGACCAAUGUGCGCAGUUAUACCCACAAUUCUGGGCAUGGCAAUAACAUGCUGGAGUGUAACACUGGUGUUUCUGCAUGAGAGAACUUUUAAGUGAAACAGCUGCAACUAGCAAUCUGCAGCAUGUCACUCAUGUGGUUUACUUAGCGACCAUUUUGCUGGAACUAUUUGUGGUUGCUAAACAAAGAUUAUCUGCAUACACUAAAGCCCAAGCAAUGGCCUCUAGGGCCUUCAAUGCCUUUUGUGGUAGCUGUUGUCGGGCUUCCCUCCUUGAGUUCUGGACAAAAAAGUUAAUUGAAGGAAUAAGAAUUCAGGUGACUAUUAGAAGACAAGUUUUUAAAACAAUACCAGCAACUAUCUUACUUUCAAAAGAAGCAACUUAGGCAAUUUAUGGUAGCAAAACACGUCUCUGUUUCUUCCUGCUUUUUUGAUACUAAAGAUUGGAAUCUUGUCUUUUUAGCAAAAGCAGAUUUUUCUGUGUCUUCACUGUUAAAUAGCUAUAUUUUUAGGUUUGGCACUCUGCAGCAACAGCAUAUUAUGCCAAAAAUCUUUGUCUCCAGACCUGGAGAAAUAUAUCGCCUUUUUCCCUCAAAAAAGAGAGUGAAAAUCUGGGUGCAUCUUUUACAUGGAUACAGCAUUUUUGGCCUCCUGAAAUCCCACUCCCAUUUGCAAAAUGACCGUGUAGAGCCUUUAGGAGGCUUCUAGAGUGCUCCAGGGGGCUGGGGUGGGCAGAAAUGAGCGAAAAAUGAGCCGGUUUUUGCUCAUCUCCCCCCCACCGCCUCCAGGAGCACUUUACAAGCCUAAAGGCUAUGCAUGCCCUUUUUUUGACAAAAAAUGGGCCCAU